AUGAGUGAAAUAGAGGAGUUGCAGGAGCAAAUGAAGGCAAAUAUGGAGACCAUGAAGGAGCAAAUGACGACAAUGAUGGAGGCGAUGAUGGAUAUGAGGAAGAUAAUGGAGGUUAACGUUGUUGUAGCUGUUGCUACUAGUACCGCUACUAAGGGGGACCCAACUCACCUGCCCAUUUUUAAUCAAGAAAGUCACCUAGUGACGAAUGUGGAAGGUCAAGGAGGUGCGACGGUGGUAGUUGCAUAUGGGCCUCAGGAGGAAGCACGAGAAGCUCUCGUAGACCACACGGUAACUGGUUUCAGGCCCCAUCCAGGAUAUAUCACUGAAGGGCAUGCAUUUUCUGGCGUCCUUGUACUGAGUGCUCCUAGAGCCUCUCAAUAUCGCCUGUUAUCACAACCCUUGCAUUUCGUGGGGGGAGAAGGGCCUUCUGCCAUAUUUGAGAAGGAAAAGAUUAAGCAUAUAGAGGAGAGGCUACACGCCAUCGAAGGAGGGGGAAGUUAUGGUUUUGUCAACAUGUCAGAGCUAUGUUUGGUACCCAAUGUGACUAUUCCCUUAGAGUUCAAGGUUCCAAAUUUUGAUAAAUACAAAAGGAUUGCUUGCCCUAAGAACCACCUAAGGAUGUAUUGCAGAAGGAUGUGGGCUUAUGCAAUGGACGAGAAGUUGCUGAUGCAUUUUUUUCAGGAAAGCCUGGCUGGGGCGGCUAUUAUCUAG